CACACCGUUAACGCUACCUGCGAUGUCUGUUAACUUAGUCAAUAUUAUUGAGCUAAAGAGUUGUACUCGGUGAAAUUUAUUUUGAGGUGAAUUUAAUCCACAAAGACAAUGUCGGUUAUCUUGUGCAGGUGGCUUAAUCAGGAGCUUCGGCUGUCAAAAGCAGUUGACCCCAGGACAUUUGCCAGGGAUUUCUCUAGUGGUUACCUCAUUGGUGAGAUUCUUCAUAAACAUCAAAUUCAGCAUGAUUUCAGUAUGUUUUUGAAGAUGGACACCUCCAUCUCCAAAGUAAAUAAUUUUACACGCCUGAAGCCUACUCUAGAGCUGCUCGGAAUCUGCUUAGACACAAACACAGUUCAAGACCUGAUGCAGGAGAAGCCUGGUGUUGCCACUCAUCUUCUUUAUGAGCUAUAUCUCUCACUUGAAAAGAAGAAUAAUUCAAAAAUCAGAAGGACAAUUAUGAAGCCCACAGCCAAGGCAAACCUGCUCAAAGAGGAGCAUGGGUUUCCUCAGGUGGCCAAUUGUGAUGUUAAACUUAAGCUUCAGGAAACUGCUCAGCAUUACGGUGAUAAAUGCCAGCAACUAAUCGCCAAGUCUGUGGUAGCUCAACCUAUCCAGCACAUGGGACAACUCAAAGUCCAGGAUGAAAAGCAAAUAGAAAAUAGUGAGAAGAUGUGUCAUGAAAAGUACAAUGUAAGGAACUGUAACCUGGUUGCUAAAGCCCAGGUAACAAAACCACCUUCCCACCCUUUACCUCCAAACAUAAGGAGAAGAAAGCAGCAUCACAAAGAACAACAAGCUCAGAAAGACGAAGCUGAAAUUGACAAGUUUGAGACCAACAGGAAAAAACUGGGUAUUUCUGGUUUUCCAUCCUCCUCAAGCUCUAGUGUUCAUCCUCUCCCAGUACAUUUCCCCCCUGGUGGCAGCAAACAGGAAUGCAAAAGAAUUGGGAUUCAGCCGAUAGUACAGUCCAAUAACAUGUAUAUUGAGGAGAUCCGACAGAGGCUGAGAGAGAAUGCUGCUGCGCGUGAGCAGAGAGAAAAAAGAAAAGACAGAUUCCUGGUGGAGUGGUUCAAGGCCAGCAAAGCUCAACAGGAGACGCAACAAGAGGAGCAACUGGUACAACACCUGACAUGUAAGGCUAAGUGGGAACAGCAUUUGGUUGCUCAGUUAAUGCAGAUACGUACGGAGAAAGAAAUUAUUGUGGAGGCUCGCCUGGUCAGAGAGCAUCAGUACCAGGAGCAAAGAGAAAAAGACUUUCAGAAAACUUUGUGCAGAGAUGCAGUGAAACAGGACGAAUAA